AUAUAAUAUAGAAUUUGAAGGCUCGACAUUGACAUGCGCACACACACACACACACGUAUUUGGUUCAAGGGUCUUUCAGCUCCAGGCGUGUCCAAGUCAGGCACAAGAAUAGACAACACUAUGAUGCGCCGCUCUCGUGCUGCCCAUUGUGGUCUCCUUCUGGUGGCGGGAUGGCAGUUCUUGGCUUUCUCGAUGACGAAGACGAAGCCGCAGUCGCUGGAGCCAGAGGUGACGUUUGGCAAGCACAAGGGUGAAAUGGCAUCAGAUGUGCUUGACAAGGAUCCAGACUACUGCAUCUGGAUCGUGGAUACCUACCACUCAGGAGAAGCCACUCCAGCCUUGGGGAAAAUUGCCGAAUGGCUCAUCGAGCACAACCCAGAGCUGACAGACCAAGGUAGUAGGCGCAUGGGCUUUGGAAAGCACAGGGAGGAGAGCCGAGAGUGGGUCAUGAACAAUUUCCCUGCCUAUGCAGAUUGGGUCAUCAAAAAGGUCCAGGAGAGCGAACAGCAAGGGGAAAGUGUCUACCUGCCAAUGAAGACCUUUGCAACCUAUGCGCAGGAGUGGUCAGAAGACGAAGAACGUGACUGAGCUGGCAUUGCACGAAGAACAGCUGAAUGUGAAUGGAUAUAAUCUAUAUGUGCAAAAGCUCACAUUCACGACAUAGGCUUGUGUUUACAAGAGUUAGAUGUUCGGGCAAUAGCAUCCGGACGAAUUGGGGGUUGCAGCUGUAUUGACAGCUGUUGAUCAGAUCAAGCAUUCUGGGUGAAAAUACCAUGUAGGCGCGUGGAUUGCCUCCGUCUCAAGCUCCAAUGCCUGGUUGUUGGUUUUCCUUCAGCCCAAGAGGUACGCUCCUUGCUGCUGCAGC